ACCAAACAGCAGUCCGUCGAAGUUGACCAAAAUCAUCGCAACUAAGAACAAAACAACUCCAAAUUGCAACUCGGUGUGUAUGUAGAGACCAAUCCUUGUGCCCUAUAAAGAUCAAACUCACAAACCAGACCCUAACAAUCACCAUAAUUUUCUAUCCAAUUCAGUUCUGAGCUUGAACUAAGUGCUACCAAUUCAAUGGCUUCAGAGCAUGAAGAAGUGAGGCUAUUGGGCAAAUGGGCCAGCCCAUUUAGCAACAGAGUAGACCUCACCCUCAAACUCAAAGGAGUUCCAUACAAAUACUCAGAGGAAGAUUUAGCCAACAAAAGUGCUGAUCUUCUCAAGUACAACCCCGUUUACAAGAAAGUGCCAGUUCUGGUCCACAACGGAAACCCAAUUGCAGAGUCCCUUGUCAUUCUUGAAUACAUAGACGAGACAUGGAAAAAUAACCCGCUUUUGCCUCAAGACCCUUAUGAGAGAGCCUUGGCUCGUUUUUGGUGCAAGACCCUAGAUGACAAGAUCCUACCUGCUAUAUGGAAUGCUUGUUGGAGUGAUGAGAAGGGGCGUGAGAAAGCUGUGGAGGAAGCCUUGGAAGCUUUGAACAUCCUGCAGGAUGCACUGAAGGAAAAGAGGUUCUUUGGAGGAGAGACCAUAGGACUGGUAGAUAUUGCUGCUAAUUUCAUUGGGUAUUGGGUUGUUUUAUUGCAAGAAAUUGCAGGUUUGGAGUUGCUUACCAUUGAGAAAUUUCCGAAGCUGUGUAAAUGGAGUCAAGAAUUUGUCAAUCACCCUGUGAUCAAGGAAGGCCUGCCUCCUAGAGAUGAAUUGUUUGCCUUUUUCAAAGCUUCAGCUUCAAAGUAGAACCAAUUUUAGAGGUAGGAUUCAUAGCUUGUUACCAUGAUUUUCUUCCAAAAUAACUAUUUUGUUGCGAGCAAGAAAAUACUGGCUCUGUUUUUAAUGGACUAUGAUUUGGUUGAGGGUAUCCAUUAUCUCAAUUUUUAGUCCAAAUAAUGUUGUGUUGUUGCUUUUUUACUUUUUUUUUGUUUUUGUGAGCAAAGAUUGUUUGUUACUAUAUUUGACUACAUCAACGAUACUCCAUUCCAUUACAG